AUGCCUGGCACAUUCUCCAGCAAACCCUCUUUGAGCUCAACCUGCACGCCUCAUACAGAUUGUGCACGUUUGGGAAUGAUAGUGCUCACAGAGGGCACAGCGACUCAGGACAGAGAAUGUGGGCAUCCUGUGACCACUCCUACUCCCUCCAUCAUCAUUACCACCAUCUCCUCCUCUACAGACUCCACCCUCAGUCCCAGCACUACAGACUUCACAACCCAGACAACACCCAACUUCAUCACUAUCAAACCCAUCACCUCCCCGUCAAUGUCACGUCACUCUUUCAGAUCUCAGCAGAAGCCUUCCAGUCCACUGGCUACAGAGACACACCGACUGUAUUUGCGGUCUACAACCGAGACGACCUCUUCCCCAAAACUUGAUGCAAACACAAGUAUGAGUGAAGACUUCAUAUCCAGUGAAACACUGUCCUCUGUUCUGCCACUGUGGAUCUUAUUGUUGAUACUCCUGUUGGUGAUGACAAGCAUCUGUUUGUUUCGGAAAAGAACAGCACAGAAAACAAUUGCAAAAUGCGCUGGUUUCCUAUCGGCACAGCAUGAAGAUCAAUAUAUUUCCUCCAAUUUCCAGUCCCAGACAUCAGAGGAUCGCAAAGUUGAGGCUGAGUUACUACACGGCAGUGAUGUCAGAGAGAACAGAACCCAAAAUAUGGGGCUGAUGUCACCUUCCGGGGGUGUCCAGCAGGUCAGCAAUGGGAAGGGUGAAAAUGUCAGCAAUACUGUAGGGUCCAUCUAUAUCUACUCACCCGGAACGGUGAUUCUGGGCUCCAACUCGGGUGAUAAGCAGGAAGAGGCCAAAGUUUUUGAAGAGAACGUACCCCUCAUCAGCACACCUCAACAGGAGUCAACUCCACCUUCAAAUGAGAUCAGGAUACGAAUGAGCGCACAGGAAGAGACAGAGGAGGAACUGAGCUUGAGUUUUCCUGUGCCAGCUACUGGAAAGUGAGCACUUGAACAUGCGGCUACAUGUGUGAACUUCAGAAUGGCCUUCAAGACGGUCCCAGGUUGCCUUAUCCUUCAAAUAUGGACCACGAGGCUGUAAACCGCAUGGAUACUUGAGUCAAAGACAAAGACCUUCCUUACAAAACUGCAAAGAUGUAAGAUUCCAACACUGGUAAUGUGACAGGUUUGAUUCCCAAGGAACACAGUUACUGGUAAAAUGUACUGGCUAAUUGCACUGAAAGUCGCUUUGGAUAAAAGCAUUUAUGAAUGCAUGAAUAUACAAGAUGAAAAAGUAAUGGGUUGUAAAAAAAAUGCACAUAUGGAAGAACAUUUAUGCUUGAGUAAGUCUUAAAUAUGUAAUAAGUGCCUGAAUUUCUGCUGUGAUUUUUUUUUUUUUUUUGUUGUUGACUUUUUGGGUCUGUGCCAAAACCUAGUAAGCUGCCUACAUAGGAAAUUGAAAUGGAACCUCAUAAGUGACUGAUCUGGAAUUCUCUACAUGGGCAGCAACUCGACUUAACUUGCAAUUGAUUUCAAUACAGGUGACACAAGGGUAAUGAGGCGGUACUCUUUUGAGCAUGAAUAUACAUGGGAGAAAUAGUCAGUUUUCUAUUACAAAAAAUUAUUGUUACUUUUCAGUAUUAAACUACAGAGACCCCCUCACACCAUGUCAUAACCAGAUGCGAAAUAAGAUAAAAAGUAUCUUUUCUAUGUUCAUUUGAGUUUUGUACGAACUAGCCUCGAUAUGCAAUGAGCAACAGGGAAUUGUAUAUUUGACUUGGUUUCUAUUUCUGCAGCAUUGCACAUGGCAUCCCCAUCCACAAAUGAACUCUCAUGGGUCUUAAUUCCUUCUCAUAACAGUAUAUUAAACUCGCGUUAGCCAGUGACCGUACUAAAAGAGUGUUUCUUAAGGCCAGGGGUGUGAGGUUUACACAUACCGUACCAGCUGGCUCCCGUUACAUACGAAUGCAUCAAAUAAGUUUCUAUUCGUUCACGGUCAGAAAAGUAUACUCAGAAACACAACACAGUCGGCAAGGCAUGAUCCGAUCUACAACGCACAAAAACAAAGUAUUCCUGGGCCUUUUCAAAUGAUACCUCCAAAGCAGUGGCGGCUGCUAGUCUUUCAGAGAGGGGAAGCUCAUUUUCGGCCUACAAUAUAAACUUAUUUAAAAGUAAAUUCUGCCCUACGUUCCUUUUGAGGAAAUGCACUGUGACUCUGUCGUACCAACUAGGCGUCUUUUCCAGUGACUUGACCAGUGUCUUCUCAAUGGCCAGCAGAGCUAGGCUGCUUAAACGACCUUGGCCCAUUGUGUUACUUGGCUCUUGUUGGAUGAUUCACUACUCUCAUCAUGUCCCCUAAAUGACAGCUCCUGUCGGCCAAGCAAGGAUGUUACAUCAAUAAGGCGGUUUAGGAAGGCCCUGUUUUGUUUGACUGUUUCAUUAUGUUUAGUCACUUGAACGCGAGCACCUUCAUUGAUUGCAUGCUCAACCCUGAUCCUGCCCAUGCAACUUAAUCUUGCACAUGCACUCACAUGUUCAUUGCUCUUUUCAUGUCUUUUAUAUGCCCUGUCAAAGUUAGACAGAUCUCCAAACCCCACUUUUGACCAAACAACACAUCCGUGAGAUGGUUUCAUCAAUUUUAUUACAUUUUAUUUGUCACAGCACUUCCAGUCAGCCAGCUAACUUUGUCAUACCAGGAGAGCUGAAAAGACCUGUUAUUUUUCCCUAUUUUUUGCACUAAAUCAAUCUUAGGUGUUGAUCUGCCCUGCUGUUUAAUUCUAAUUUUUUCCUCGUAAGGAAGACUUUCAAAUGGCUUCGCCAAAAUCAGGUCGACAAUAUUAGCACCGUCUGCCAUCAUGCGCAGUUUCACCCGUACGACGCUAGCCUAGCCUACUGUAUGAAUGACUGUAUGAAUGAAUGAAUGAACGAACGAACGAACGAACGCUCUAAAACAAAAUAUAUUAAACUUGGUAAAACUGAAACAAGGAAUGUGGUGUAUAAUUGUGUGAAAUGUAUUAUGCAAAUUGACUAGCAAUUUCGCCAAACAAAUAUAAAGAAAUAGGUUGCAGCAGUUUAUCUUUCGACUACACUUGAGAAAUCCGCGAUGGGACUGAGCGCGAAAUAGCUUCAGUGACUUCUUAUAGUACAGAUUCGCUGUCAAUCAAAAGGAGAUGCAGUCUUUCGACAGAUCCUCCAAUCA